GUGUAUGUGCUCAAGCGGCCGCAUGUGGAUGAGUUCCUGCAGCGCAUGGGUGAACUCUUUGAGUGCGUCCUCUUCACCGCCAGCCUGGCCAAGUACGCGGACCCUGUGGCUGACCUGCUGGAUAAAUGGGGGGCUUUCCGGGCACGGCUUUUCCGGGAAUCCUGUGUCUUCCACCGUGGCAACUACGUGAAGGACCUGAGCCGCCUGGGACGUGACCUGCACCGCAUCAUCAUCGUGGACAACUCACCCGCAUCCUACAUCUUCCACCCCGAUAACGCCGUGCCGGUGGCGUCCUGGUUCGAUAACAUGGCGGACACGGAGCUGCUGGACCUGCUGCCCUUCUUCGAGAGGCUCAGCAAGGUGGAGGACGUGUACGCAGUGCUCAAGAAGCAGCGGACUAACAGCUAA